AUGUCCUUACUGGGUGCUGUUGCCCAGUCAGGUUGGCUCUUUAGGCAGGCUAUGUUUAGGGCAGCUUUUCAAGACCCCUCCAUAUGUGACGAGAGCAGAGUGGCUCCUACUGACGGCUUCACCUACACCUUUGGGAUCUACUUCGUACAACUGGUUCAGUACUAUGAUGCCUCAGCCGCUUCCACCUCCUGGAUCGCCUCCAUUCUCGUGGGGGUCACCUUAGGCUCAGGACCAAUCGCAGGGAUGUUGGUCAACAAAUUCGGGUGCCGGGUUGUGACCAUCAUCGGCUCCCUCCUCGCCUCCCUCGCACUCUUCCUCUCUAUCUUGGCCCCCAAUGUUGAAACACUCUACGUUACCAUCGGUCUUGGUGCAGGUCUUGGGUUUGGUCUCAUCUACCUACCUGCCAUCGUGUGUGUCACAGGGUAUUUUGAGAAGAGACGUUCUUUUGCCACUGGUAUUGCUGUUUGUGGUUCUGGCAUCGGCACCUUUGCAUUUUCACCACUUGUGGAGUAUUUGAUAAAUGAGCUGAGUUGGCAGAACUCUUUGAUUAUCAUCUCUGGCAUCAUGCUCAACUGUGUUGUGUUUGGAGCCAUGUUCAGGCCACUUGAGGACAACAUUGUGGUCCUACCGGAUAAUGCUGAUGUAGAGGAACCUGCUACACCUGAGGCACUGCCCCUCAGUGACAUCCCCAGAAUAAAGAUUGCGGCAGAUGAAUUGAAGAAGAACUUCAGUGAUGCCAACCUGGUUCGUCAGAGUCAUAACACAGAGAGUAUCCAGCGGAUCAGCUCUCAUGGUAACAUCAUGCCUUUACUGCAAAACUUGAAAAACACAGAUGAUGCAACUAGGAUGGCCCAGUCCCAACCAUUGUUGCCAGUACCAGAAAAACAAGGACAGUUAAGUAUAAUGGGAAGUGGACGAUUACAAGCAGGCAAGACUGGUAGCCUGCCAUCCUCUCAUCAUGGCUCAGGCCUCCUGUACCGCAAGGAUAUAUUUUACCGAGGCUCCCUUCUUAACAUCCCUGAGUACAAACAGGAUCCUGGCAGCUACAGGGCAUCUAUGGCUCGUCUACCAGACACUGAAGAAACGCCCAGUGAAGUGGAGAAAGCCAAGGUGUGUGGAUGUGUGCCAUGCUCAAGGGAGACAAGGGAUGCAAUGACCAGCUUGAUGGACUGGGGUCUCCUCACAGAUGGGAUCUUCAUUCUGUUUGCGUUAUCCAACUUCUGUACUUCCAUUGGAUUUAAUGCACCUUACAUAUUUAUAGUUGAUCGUGCCCGACAUCUAGGCAUCCCCGAUCGCGAGUCAUCUUUCUUGCUGGCAGUGGUAGGCAUCUCCAACACUGUCAGUCGUAUUCUUCUUGGGUACAUCUCGGACCAGCCAUGGGUGAACAGACUCUAUCUCUACAACACAGCUCUUACUCUGUGUGGCAUUGGUCAGUUUUUAGUAUUUUCUUCCUCGGUUAGGUUUAAUUUUCUUCACUAGAGAAGUCAAAAUGCC